GGCGUCCGCGGGAUACCCCGGAGCGGAAGUGUAAUUUAAAGAGCAUAGAAUUCAGCGGCAGCUCAGCAGACAUGAAGGUGACCUCCAUAGAAAGCCGGCGUCUGCACCGGCUGAUCAGGAAAGAGUUCUCCCGCUGCCUGGUGCUGGAUUGCCGCCCUUACCUGCCCUUCAGCUCCUCCAGUGUGCAAGGAUCCAUCAAUGUCAACCUGAACUCCGUGCUGCUACGCCGGGCCCGGGGGGGAGCGGCUCCCUUGCACUUCGUGGUGCCCGAGGAAGGGGCCCGCUGUCGGCUCCGGGACGGACAGGUGUCGGUGGUGGUGGUGCUGGACGAGAGGAGCCAGAGGUGGCAGAAGCUGAAGAAAGAGAGCCCGGCUCACAUUGUCAUCAAUACUCUGAGCAGCCUGCCCGGCGGACCCCAUUGCUACCUAUGGGGGAAUAACAAUGUCUUCUGUCCUGCAGGCGGAUACGAAUCCUUUCGCACAGAGUACCCACAGUGCUGCGUGGAUCAGAAGAGUUUGUCGCAGGAAGAAAACGACAGCAGUCAGAACCUCCUUUGCGAGAAGCUUCCCUCCUUCCACAAGCCAAACUAUGAUCAGGGCAGUCCUGUUGAGAUCCUUCCAUUCCUCUACCUUGGCAGCGCCUACCACGCGUCCAAGUGUGAAUUCCUCUCCAGCCUUCGCAUUACGGCCUUACUCAACGUCUCCAGAAAAAGCACUGGAUGUAUGAAAGACCAAUACGAUUACAAAUGGAUUCCUGUGGAGGACAACCAUACCACGGAUAUCAGUAGCCACUUCCAAGAGGCGAUAGAUUUUAUUGAUACUGUAAGACUCUCAGGAGGCAGAGUCCUGGUCCACUGCGAGGCUGGCAUCUCCAGGUCGCCCACCAUAUGCAUGGCCUACCUCAUGAAGACCAAGCGGAUCCCCCUGGAGGAGGCCUUUGAGUACAUCAAGCAACGCCGCAGCCUUAUAUCACCCAACUUCAGCUUCAUGGGCCAGCUCCUUCACUACGAGUCCGAAAUCUUCUCUUCCAAACCCAGCGGCCCCGUCAUGUCUUGCAAAAGGGACACUGUUUCCUUCUUCGCCGAGGACAUGAACAUUGGCCAGCACUUCGAGGGGUCUUGUUUCACUUUUCCCACUUCGGUCUUGACCCCCGUUCCGCUCAGGUCUCCUGUACACCAACUGAAACGCAGUCCGAUCACUGCGACUUCUUCCUGCUGACGCACGUGCUGUAGAGGCGGUGGACUAAACUGUGAAUACAGACUGUAAAACAAAAGUGCAAUACGACGGACGGUGUCGCCAUUCCGCAGGCACUCGAUGUGCCGCUCUACAAGUUGUAUCCUGUGCUUUAAAGAUUUUACGUUCGCUGUUGCAAAUCUUGGAUUAAGUUUACAAACUUGGAUACGUCCUGUUGAAGUUACAUUUUUCUC